UAUUCCAAUCCUAGCAACCAGCAAGAACAACAAUUAUCACAGCCAUGUACUUCCCAUGCACAUUACUUCUCUUACUUAUCCUAACCACACAUCACUUCAUACCUUCACAUUCAGAAAAUUGCAACCCAGAUGACAAAAAAGCACUUCUCCAAGUCAAACAACAAUUUGGCAACCCAACCAAACUCUCUUCAUGGGAUCCAACCACAGACUGUUGUAACAGUACAUGGCUAGGUGUAGAUUGCGAUAACUUCACCCCAACCUACCGCGUCACCGACCUCGAUCUCUCCGACCUCGACCUCCCCAAACCUGUAUCUAUUCCACCCUCCAUCACUAACCUACCUUCCCUCAGUCUGCUCUUUCUCACCCGCAUCCCCAACCUUGUCGGCCCUAUCCCACUGUCCAUCUCCAACCUCACCGAACUCCAGUAUCUUUCUAUUACCCAAACCAACAUCUCCGGCAAGAUACCUGAAAUACUCUCACAGAUCAAAACCCUUGUAACCAUCACCCUCAGUAACAACAGACUCACUGGUCCCCUCCCCGCCUCACUCUCGACAAUCCCUAGCCUCGAAGGUAUCGCAUUCGAAGGCAACCAACUCACCGGAACAAUACCUGAAUCCUACGGCUCGUUCCCUAAACUCUUUACGGGGUUGCUUCUCUCGCGAAACCGGCUCUCCGGGAAGAUUCCGGUGUCACUGGGAAAUCUUAACCUUGCAGAUUUGGGCUUGUCACGGAACUCGUUUGAGGGUGAUGCUUCAAUGUUUUUUAAGUCGAAUAUAAGUACUCACACGAUAUCUUUGGCGAUGAACUCGUUUUCUUUUGAUAUUGGGAAAGUUGGAUUGUCGAAAGAUUUGAAUUCUUUGGAUUUGAGGAACAAUAAAAUCUAUGGCAUGCUACCUGAUGGACUCGCGCAGCUUCGGUUUUUGCAUAAGUUGAAUGUAAGCUAUAAUAACCUGUGUGGUCAGAUUCCACAAAUGCGGUUUGAUGAGUAUUGCUAUGCACAUAAUAAGUGUUUGUGUGGGUCUCCUCUUCCCCCUUGCAAGACGAAUUGAAUAAUGGAUCCCACAAAAUUAUACUAUGAGUUUUGAAUAAAGAAGAUGGUGGUCAACUGGUCUUCAUUUGCAUUAUAAUGAUAUGUAACAAUAAACUUAUUAAGAAAUAGAUUAAUUUUGAUAUAUUGUAAGGAGUUUGCAUUAAGGACAAGUUAUUCUCACUUA